CGUUCACAAGGUGGCCGAACAGGAAUACCAUAUAUGGUCAUGUCGCACCGCUCUGCGGACCGGCACACGAGACGUGAAAUAAAAGGGAGAAUUAUCACUGCUUGAGGCACAGUGUGUGGAAGACGCUUGACUUGUGGAGUAUAUCUCGAUCUGUUCUAUUGUUCCUAAAAUCUAAACCAACAUGUGUGACGACGACGUUGCUGCUCUUGUCGUAGACAAUGGAUCCGGUAUGUGCAAAGCCGGCUUUGCUGGAGAUGAUGCUCCUAGAGCAGUUUUCCCAUCAAUUGUUGGAAGGCCCAGACAUCAGGGUGUUAUGGUAGGUAUGGGACAGAAAGAUAGCUAUGUAGGAGACGAAGCUCAAAGCAAAAGAGGUAUCUUGACUCUGAAAUAUCCCAUCGAACACGGUAUCGUAACUAACUGGGACGAUAUGGAGAAGAUCUGGCAUCAUACCUUCUACAAUGAAUUGCGUGUAGCCCCCGAGGAACACCCAGUUUUGUUAACCGAAGCUCCUCUUAAUCCUAAGGCUAACCGUGAAAAAAUGACUCAGAUAAUGUUUGAGACAUUUAAUACCCCAGCAAUGUAUGUAGCAAUUCAAGCCGUAUUGUCAUUGUACGCUUCUGGUCGUACAACCGGUAUUGUGCUAGACUCUGGAGAUGGUGUAUCCCAUACUGUACCAAUCUACGAAGGUUACGCUCUUCCCCAUGCCAUCUUGCGUUUGGACUUGGCUGGACGUGAUCUGACAGACUACCUCAUGAAAAUCCUGACUGAACGUGGUUAUUCUUUCACCACAACAGCCGAAAGAGAAAUUGUAAGAGACAUAAAAGAAAAAUUGUGCUAUGUAGCAUUAGACUUCGAACAGGAAAUGGCUACCGCCGCAUCGUCGUCAUCUCUAGAGAAAUCUUACGAAUUACCUGACGGUCAGGUCAUCACUAUCGGAAACGAAAGGUUCCGUUGCCCAGAGGCUCUAUUCCAACCAUCUUUCUUGGGUAUGGAAUCGUGCGGUAUUCACGAAACUACCUACAACUCAAUCAUGAAGUGCGACGUCGAUAUCCGUAAGGACUUGUAUGCUAACACCGUGCUUUCCGGCGGAACCACCAUGUACCCAGGUAUUGCCGACCGUAUGCAGAAGGAAAUAACAGCUCUCGCUCCUAGCACAAUGAAGAUCAAGAUCAUAGCUCCACCCGAAAGGAAAUACUCCGUAUGGAUCGGAGGUUCUAUCUUGGCAUCUCUGUCCACCUUCCAGCAGAUGUGGAUCUCCAAACAAGAGUAUGAUGAGUCUGGUCCUAGCAUCGUUCACCGUAAAUGCUUCUAGAAAAUUUAAAAAAAACUGCCAAGUUCGGUAGUCAAAGGAAAAGACUAACUACUGCGAUUGUUAAGUUGGCAGUGCUCUUUAUUCCACGUGAAAAAAAUGCAACCCAGAUGUGUCCUAAUUACUUAGGGUGGCCCUGCGGAUGUUCCUUUUCACAUUUAAAGAAAAAAAAAAGAGGAGCUUUCACCAGUGAAUUGAGCUGUGACGGGGGCCGUCUUGUAUGACGUGUAUUUAUGUUUUUCUUUUUGUAUUCUAAGUGAAAAUAAUAAGUGUUUUUUUGUUCGGAUAAA